AAGAACUAGAAGAUGUGGAAGCUGAAAAUUGGUGCGGGAAAUGACGACGAAUAUUUGUACAGCACAAACAAUUUUGUGGGACGUCAAACGUGGGAGUUCGAUCCCGAUGCAGGCACGCAGGAAGAGCGUGACCAAGUCGAACGAGCUAGAGAGCAGUUCUUGAUCAAUAAGAAAAAGCUUGACAUAAGUUGUUGCGGGGAUUUGCUAAUGAGAGCUCAGCUUAUUAAGGAAAGCGGGAUUGAUCUACUGAGCGAACCUCCAAUAAGACUCGGAGAAGAAGAGGACGUGAGCUAUGAAGCGGUGACGACAUCGGUUAAAAAAGCAGUACGAUUGAACCGUGCGAUUCAAGCUUGGGACGGUCAUUGGCCAGCCGAAAAUGCGGGUCCCCUCUUCUUCACCCCACCUCUGAUAAUUGCUCUCUACAUAAGUGGCACAUUGGACUCAAUUCUAACCAAUGAACACAAGAAGGAAAUGAUUCGCUACAUGCACAUCCAUCAAAAUGAAGACGGAGGAUGGGGAUUCUAUAUAUCAGGAAGAAGCACAAUGAUAGGGAGUGCUCUGAACUACGUAGCUCUAAGGCUUCUCGGAGAAGCUCCUCCGCCAGAUGGCGACGAUGGUCCACUUGGUAGAGGCCGCAAAUGGAUACAUGAUCACGGUGGCGCCACCUCCAUCCCAUCAUGGGGAAAGGUUUAUCUCGCGGUGCUUGGAGUAUAUGAAUGGGAAGGCUGCAACCCUCUUCCUCCAGAAUUCUGGCUUUUUCCUUCCUUUUUGCCUUAUCAUCCAGCAAAAAUGUGGUGUUACUGUCGAACCACAUACAUGCCAAUGUCACAUUUGUAUGGCAAGAGCUACCAUGGUCCCAUUACAGAUCUUGUUUUGUCUUUAAGAAAAGAGAUUCAUCCCAUCCCUUACCACCACAUUAAUUGGAACAAACAACGACAUAACUGUUGCAAGGAGGAUCUGUACUACCCUCAUUCAUUGAUACAAGAUCUACUAUGGGACGGUCUUCAUCAUUUUAGCGAACCUAUCAUCAGAAAAUGGCCAUUCAAUAAGCUAAGAGAAAGGGGUCUUAAAAGAGUUGUUGACCUAAUGCGCUAUGGAGCCGAGGAAGGACGAUAUAUAGCCAUGGGCUGCGUUGAUAAGGCUUUACAAAUAAUGAGUUUUUAUGCGGAGGAUCCAAAUGGGAUCGACUUCAAACGACAUCUUGCUAGAGUCCCUGAUUACUUGUGGGUGGCAGAGGAUGGUAUGAAGAUGCAAAGUUUUGGCAGUCAAUUAUGGGAUUGCACUCUUGUAACACAAGCAAUUAUCGCAAGUAAUAUGGUAGACGAGUAUGGAGAUUCACUCAAAAAAGCUCACUUUUACUUGAAACAAUCACAGAUAAAAGAGAACCCUAAAGGCGAUUUCACCAAAAUGUGUCGCCAAUUCACGAAAGGGGCAUGGACUUUCUCUGAUCAAGAUCACGGUUGGGUCGUGUCAGAUUGCACUGCCGAAGCUUUGAAGUGUUUAUUAGCACUAUCACAAAUGCCUCAAGACAUUGUUGGAGAAAAGGCUCAAGUUGAUCGAUUAUAUGAUGCUAUCAAUGUCCUCCUUUACCUACAAAGUCCUGCAACCGGUGGUUUUGCAAUUUGGGAGCCUCCGGUUCCAAAACCAUAUUUAGAGAAAUUGAAUCCUUCAGAACUUUUUGCAGAUAUUGUUGUCGAGAAAGAGCAUGUUGAAUGUACCGGGUCUGUAAUUCAAGCGUUGCAUGCAUUCAAACAUCUACAUCCUGGGUACCGUGAGAAAGAAAUAGAAGUUGCCAUUGAGAAAGGCAUACAGUUUUUGGAAAACAAACAAAAGGAUGAUGGGUCGUGGUAUGGUUACUGGGGCAUAUGUUUUCUCUAUGGCACAUUCUUCGUGCUACAAGGAUUGGUAUCGUGUGGGAAAACAUAUGAAAAUAGUGAAGCAAUUCGGAGAGCUGUUCAGUUUUUGCUCUUGACACGGAACUUAGAAGGUGGUUGGGGAGAGAGCUUCGAGUCAUGCCCAAAAGAGAAAUUCAUACCUUUGGAGGGGAAUCGAACAAAUUUGGUGCAAACUUCAUGGGCCAUGCUCGGUCUUCUCUACUGUGGACAGGCUGAAAGGGAUCCAACACCAUUACACAAGGCAGCAAAACUGCUCAUCAAUGGACAAUUGGAAAAUGGAGAUUUUCUUCAACAGGAGAUAACGGGAUCGUACAUGAAAAACUGCAUGCUACAUUAUCCGGAGUAUAGGAACACUUUUCCGUUAUGGGCACUCGGAGAAUACCGAAAGCGUGUUUGGUUGCCGAAACAAGAAGCCAUCUAAACUUCAUUGCAUAGAUUAAAUUAAGGCAGCCUGCUGGC